GGGAUUUGACAACUGAGGAGGGUUUUAUGCAACAAAUCAUAUGCUGUCGAGAAUCAACGGUUUGCUUCGAAGCAUCCUCUGCAAACCACAUUUGUAUUCGUGCCAUUUAUUCUAUCGAUAAAGCAAAAAGUGUUCUUCUUCAUGCUCCAUUUAAGGGACGAGUCUCGACGUCGAUUCAUCAAAAUCCAAUGGACGAGAAUGCCAGUUCCAACCAACCCAACAACAAGAACAAAAUACCUAUCUUUGUUUUCUUCAAAGAUGCCAGGCAUGUUUUUAAGCUGGAUGCUCUUUCUCGGGAGAUAUUAGGGAUUGCAUUCCCUUCUGCACUCGCCGUUGCUGCUGAUCCCAUUGCUUCUCUCAUAGACACUGCUUUCAUAGGCCACUUAGUUAGGAGAGGGCCAGUGGAACUUGCUGCUGCAGGAGUUUCCAUUGCUUUGUUCAACCAAGCUUCAAGAAUCACCAUAUUCCCUCUGGUCAGCAUCACCACUUCAUUUGUGGCUGAGGAAGAUACUCUUGAAAGGCUGAAUACCAAAGCAGGCCAAAAUGGUGACAAAUAUAAGCUCAGUGAAGUGAUUAUGCCAGAGGAUCAUAUGCUUCAUGACAUAGAAAAAGGCACCCCCGAAGAGAAUAUUAAGACUACGGAAAAAUCUACGGUUGAAAAACAUGAAUCAAAGGAUCUCGUAGUCAAAAGUUCUGGACUCCAAGAUGUGGAAAAUGGUAAUGCUACAACCAACAAUGACCCAAAAAUUGGACAUGAAGGGAAUAAAAAUAUAUGCAAGUCUUCAUGCAUUACUAAGCAUGGUGAGAAAGUUGGAAAGAAGAAGAGACGGAUAGCUUCAGCAUCAACAGCUCUACUUUUUGGCACCAUCCUUGGCCUCAUUCAAGCUCUUGUUCUUAUAUUUGGUGCCAAAUCACUCUUAGGUGUUAUGGGUGUGAAACCAGAUUCUCCAAUGCUAAAUCCAGCAGAAAAGUACUUAAAGUUGAGAUCGUUUGGGGCACCUGCAGUGCUUCUCUCCUUGGCCAUGCAAGGAAUCUUCAGAGGGUUUAAGGAUACAAAAACUCCAUUAUAUGUCAUUGUUUCGGGAUAUGCACUUAAUGUCAUAUUGGAUCCAAUUCUUAUUUUCAAAUUGAAAUUAGGCAUCAGAGGUGCAGCCAUAUCACACGUUCUUUCCCAGUACAUGAUGGCCUUCACUCUCUUAUUCAUAUUAAUGAGAAAAGUGCAUCUCUUACCUCCAAGCGUAAAGGAUUUGCAGAUUUUUAGAUUUCUUAAAAAUGGAGGUUUGUUGAUGCUAAGGGUGAUUGCAGUGACAUUUUGUGUGACCUUGGCAGCAUCAUUGGCAGCAAGGCUAGGUUCAAUUCCCAUGGCUGCAUUUCAAACAUGCCUACAAGUCUGGUUGACAUCAUCCCUUCUUGCAGACGGUUUAGCUGUUGCUGUUCAGGCAAUUCUAGCUUGUUCUUUUACUGAAAAAGACCAUAAGAAAACAACAGCAGCUGCAACAAGAACACUGCAAAUGAGUUUUGUUUUAGGCACAGGGCUCUCUCUUGCUGUUGGACUUGGAUUAUACUUUGGAGCUGGAAUAUUUUCCAGAAAUGUUCAAGUCGUGCACUUAAUUAAAAUAGGCAUCCCGUUCGUGGCUGCUACUCAACCAAUCAAUUCAUUAGCCUUUGUAUUUGAUGGUGUGAACUAUGGAGCUUCUGAUUUUGCAUAUGCAGCAUACUCUCUGGCAAGUUCACACGUGCCCUUUAUGCUGGUGUCAGUAGUAAGUGUAGGAAUAGAGUUUCUUCUCUACAGGACCAAACAUUUCAUUGGCAUUUGGAUUGCACUAACCAUAUAUAUGACUCUUCGCAUGUUGGCUGGUGUGUGGAGGAUGGGAACUGCGACAGGACCUUGGCGCUAUCUCAGAGAUUGCUCAUUGGCUUAG